AAUAGGAAAACAGAAGUGUAGCUAGCGCAGUUUCAUUUUCAGACGAUCUUCUCACGUACUUUUCUCCAAACAACCUUUUUCUCGCAUUUUCAUCAAGUUGUACUUCGGUGAAAACAUAGUGGGAUGCUGCCGGGUUGGUGUGCCAUGAACAUGAGAGAAUAGCAUAUCCUGAUUUCAUCAACCCCUGUCAGUUCUACUCUUACAAUGGCAGCAGUCAAAGGGAAAGCUGUGAGAAGAGGGAGCUUUGGACGUGAUAGACCUAACAUGAGCAGUGAAACACCAUUGCGGUUGCUGGUCUUUAGCAACUCAAGUCGUGAUCAGACCUCACUGACACGCUCUGUGUUGGGGCCAGACGUCUUCACGGCAGAUGACGUCAAUAUUUCAGCUACCAAGAAAAGUUCAGGGGUUGUGCAGGACAGAAAAAUAACCCUGGUCAACGCACCAAAUCUUCAAGACAACGACUUGCCGGACAGUGUGCUUCACGAGGAGCUCAAUAAGGCGGUUUGUUUCUCUUCUCCAGCCCAUGCUUUAGUGAUUGUUCUAGACCCUUUCAAUUUGUCCUCUGACACUAUGAACAUACUGAAGCCUGUGGUGCACUACUUUGGAGAUCGUGUCUUGAAGCACACAUUGAUUGUUUUAUACCAUGAGAGAGAUCGGACAACCCUGUCAAUAGAGGAUGAGGUUAAGAAGAACAAGAGCUUUAGAGAGCUUGCUGAGAAAUGUGUCCAGAACUACCUCUUCUUCAAUGAAGACAAAAACCAGACUGAAGGCAGCCAGAAGCAAGCAUUGUUUGCCAAGGUCGAUGAGAUGGUCUUGGAGCAUGGCAUGUUUUCAAACCUGGAAUUUAAAGAUGCAGAAAAAAGAAUUCAGAUAGAGGAGCGUUUCCUCAGAAAAUCAAAGGAGAAGGAGAUCAGCGAGACGUUGAAGGUGUUGGAGAACAAACAUUCAGGGGAGGCACUUCUCAGUGAGGCUAUGAAGUAUGAAGAAAAGGUACAGUUGGAGUGCAGAGAGAAAGCAGAGCUGGUUGUCGCAGACAAGCUUGGCUUCACGGUCAGACUUGUUGAUUACGCCGUUGCGGUUGGAAAAGGAGCAUUUGUAGGUGCACUUCUUGGAUUUGCGAUAGGACAUGAAGGUAUGGCAGUCGGAGCUGCUAUCGGUGCUGCUCUAGGUGGUGUACUUGGAGGGGCAGCUAAUGCAGUAUGGAGCUACAUUUACAAUUCCUUCGCAGAUGCCCACAAACGGACUGCAUAGCGACACUGUGACACUGCUGGAUCUUCUACAGAUUGUAUAGGGCUUUUCAUGGGCUUAACGCUGGGUUAUUGUCGUUUUAAACUCUGCUUUUAACCCUGGGCACAGGAGCGCUUCACUUGUAAUUUAGAAGCAGGGUUCGCACCUGGGGUUAUGAAACCUUGCUUCGGAGCAGGAUUGGAGGGUACUGCCUUGCAAUGGUUCAGUUCAUACAUUAAAAACAGGUCAUUUUCUGUAUUUUUGGGUAUGUUUUCCUCCUCUUCAGCUCAUAUUUUUAGUGGUGUACCUCAGGGCUCCAUUUUGGGCCCUCUUCUCUUUAACAUAUGUGUCCGCUGGGGAAUGUUAUUAGAGGGCACAAUGUCUUGUUUAAUUUAAAUGCUGAUUAUACCCAGUACAUAGUUAGGUACAAAAUAGGUACUAGUGGUGUACCUAUUUUUAGUGGUGUACCUCAGGGCUCCAUUUUGGGCCCUCUUCUCUUUAAGAUAUGUGUCCACCUUUAGUGGUGUACCCACCUUUAGUGGUGUACCUCAGGGCUCCGUUUUGGGCCCUCUUCUCUUAAACAUAUGUGUCUACCUUUAGUGGUGUAGCUACCUUUAGUGGUGUACCCACCUUUAUUGGUGUACCUAUUUUUAGUGGUGUACCUCAGGGCUCCAUUUUGGGCCCUCUUCUCUUUAAGAUAUGUGUCCACCUUUAGUGGUGUACCCACCUUUAGUGGUGUACCUCAGGGCUCCAUUUUGGGCCCUCUUCUGUUUAACAUAUGUGUCCACCUUUAGUGGUGUACCUAUUUUUAGUGGUGUACCUAAGGGCUCCGUUUUGGGCCCUCUUCUCUUUAACAAUGUGUCCGCUGGGGAAUGUUUUUAGAGGGCACAAUGUCUCGUUUAAUUUAAAUGCUGAUGAUACCCAGUUGUACAUACUGCUCAGUUGACUGUCUUGAUGAUGUUAAGAAAGUAUUAACAAAUAACUUUCUCCAACCUAAUGAGGACAAAACAGAAAUAAUUGUCGUGGGUCCCCAGAGAUUGAGAGAUGGUCUUAUUAAUGGGCUUGGCAAUCAUUACCUCUCAAUUUCUUCCCAGGUCAGGAACCCUUGGUAUCAUCAUGGACUUAAGCAAAUUCGGUUAAUUCAGUUGUUAAGAAUAGUUUUAUCAAUUACAGAUUUUUUCCAAAUUUAAAUAAUUUUUGUCUUUCCAAGAUUCGGAGAAGGUUAUUCAUGCUUAUAUCACAAGAUAAUUGUAAUUCAUUGCUCUUGACCGUUGCUCUUGUAAAAUUCUGUUGUUUGUUUUUAAAGCUCUAAAUGAUCAAGCUCCUCCUUAUCUCGAUUAUCUUCUUAUUCCAUUCAGAUCAUCAAAUAGAUUUCUUUUGUAUUUGUAAUGUCUUUUGUAAUGGCUAACCGAAUCCACUGCCAUUGGACCUACCUGGCCUUGCACCUUCUUUUAUCAUUUUUAUGACUUAUGAUCAACACUUAAGAUAAAGGACUCACAACCAGAGAAAUCACCUUGCUUGGUCAUCUUUCGUCUGGGACAGCAGAAAAUCAUACAAUGUGUUUGGUGAGCAUUAGAAAGUCACAGAAACACAAUGCAUUAAACAGUAGUAAUUACAUUAUUUGAGGAUAAACAUGUCAAAUGGUGACAGCAAGCGUGUCAAUUGAACUGAAGGAGAGACCCUUUCAUUCUAACCUUUACGGUCUGAACAGAUCAUUCAGUAUAAACUUGACAGUAUACAGUCGGCAGUUUGAAAAAUGAUGAUAUGACCAGUCAGUGACACUGCAAAUAUGUAAGUAAGAGCUUUAACCCAGGAAUGUAUAGAGUUUGAAAUGUCAGUCAGCUUAUGAAACCCAUGCACGGUUAAUUGUUAACUCUUAUAUUAUGAGCAGUGUGAAAGAUAACACAGGACUCCAUUUACACAGAGUAUAGCCUGUGACGCAGGGUAAACUAUUGCUUUACAAAAGCUUUACUUUUACUUUUAAUCUGAUAGAUAGAGUGAUUUUGAGUCAGUGAUCCCGAGUUUUAGUGGCUCACAAAUGCUUUAAACUACAACACAAAACAGGCCCACGCCAAAGAUAGUUUGACUGUGUUACAAUGAUAGGGAAUAGAGUGUAACAUUCAGAUAAUAAAUUACACAAUAGAUGUGAGUGGGUGAACAGAAGCAACCAUGAUGUAUA